UGGGCUUUCAAGGUUCCGCUAGGGUUUAACGCCCUCGACGCCGCCGCACGCUCCGAAGGAGAAGAAAAGAAAUGGCAUCCUUGGCCCGCGCCGCCGCCACCGCCGCCAGAGCGGCCCUCCGCCCGGCGCCCCUCGCCGGCCGGGGCCUCGGCCUCGGCUCCUCCCUGCCGUCUUCCUCCCCCGCACGGGCCGCCCGAAUCCUCCGCAGGUCGGCGGUGGCGGGGCUGGAGACGCUGCUGCCCCUGCACACGGCGGUGGCGUCGGCGCGCCUCAAGUCCUGCAUCGCCGUCGACUCCACCUGCUGGUGCUCCCUCUCCCAAGGUUUUAAAAAGCGCGUCUGAUCAUGGUUAGGAGCUGUGCAGCUGAGAAGUGAAGACACCGAGUUAGUUUUAAAAAGCGCAUCUGAUCAUGGUUAGGAGCUGCACAGCUGAGAAGUGAAGACACCGAGUUAAAAACAAAGUGCAUCUGUUUGCCGAUAGUGCCUAGAAUAUGUAUCACAUCUAUUUUGCCAUUGCUCUCAGUGAAUGUACUCUUAUAACAAAAUAAUGGAGCAUGCCACAAGUUGCCCCCUUGUCUCUGGGACAUUGUUUUUUUGUUGAGCCUGGAAAAACCUUGGAAGGAUGUCAUAUUUUUGCUUCUUAACGCGAUGUGUUGUGUAUUGCGUCA